CGUUUUACACGUUGAGAAAGCAGGUGUAAAAAUACUUUAAUGCUAAACUAAAGCGAUUUGUAUGGACAUAUUGGGGAUAUAUCGGACCAAAAAAUAUUUAAGUAUCUGAUAUAUACCACAGUUCUGGGUCGUGGAAAGCCUAACGGUGUGCCGCGAUCGGUGAAUAAAAAACGACGAAAUGAAUUUCAACUCUUCAAACAACCCGAACACAGGGUCGAACUGGAAAGCAAAGAAUAAAUCUGGAAAGGGCAAGUACCGCCCGCAGCCCUCUGCUGACAUAGUAUAUAUCAGAGGAACAUCUUUCCAGACCGUGCCACCCCUCAGCAAACAGCUGGAUGGGAUCCCAGUCCUUGGUCUCCAGUAUGUGUGGGAGUAUCGCAGCCCAAGUCAGACUAUCCCACCACACUAUGAGUGCAAGCUUUGCAUGGUUUGCCGUUCACAGCAUGAUAUGCUCGCUCAUGUGAAAGGCUGGAAACACAACUAUCUAUACUUGAAAAAGGCCCACCCUGACAGAGUCCAUUGGGAGGAAGAAGAUGCCAUCAAAGACCCUGCUGUAAGGAAGAUGAUUAAAGAUUCUUUGGCUGAAGUGGAGCAGUUAGAGGGCAGGGGACAAGUCAAGGUGCUCAUGAAAGAGCCCUUUAAAGUAGCUGCUUUCAAAGGACUCCAUUCUGCUCAACCUAAGCCAUUGCCUAUGUCAGGAACCGGCAUGGGACCAAAUGGACCUACCUUUGGUUCGAUGUUCAGUGACCAGUCGCGUCAUGAGGAGUUUCCUCGUAAUGAUGACGGUCCUUACAAUGACUUUUCGGAUGAAUAUCGAGAUGAAUUUGAGCCACCCAACUUCAAACGCUUUGCAUCCAAUCGUCGUUUCUCAGACUCCAAUUCCGAUAAAUAUCAGGAUGACUAUGAGUCCUCCAACUUUGGGCGCUUUUCACCCAAGGAGCAUUUCUCAGACCCCGAGAUGAGUCCAAGACCAUAUCCACGUGGGUCUGGGGAUGAUUUUAGCCCAAAUAAUGGACGGGAUCGUUUUGGCUCUGGUCGAAUGUUUCCUGACCAGUUCCGGGGCCCCCAGAUGAGAACCAGUUUAUUGGACAUACCUGUGAAGAAACCAUUUGACAGGCCAAGAGCCAUGAAAGCACCAUCAGACAGUGGCUGUGAUUCAGACUCACUGCUCCAUUAUUUGGAGACCUUCCGGAUAGAGAAUGAGAGUGAUGCACAGUUAGUGCUGAAGGUGACACAGAAACUAACGGAGCUGCUGAUGGAAUACAGGCUCAAGACUAUCGCACCAGAAGGUCGUAGUCCGAGCAGCUCAAUGAACUCAAGUUUCUUGUCAUCGUCCUCUUCCAGUUUACCAAGAAGCAAUGACAGAUACUCUCGAGCCUUACCUAAAGGUCAGUCUCGGUUCUUGGAUGGCGCCCUCAGAUUCUAGAGAUGUCACGUCUGAUGACAUUGGUCUUCUUCGUGUCCAUUUGCAGUGAACAUAUAGGAGUAACUGUACAUAAAUUCUUUUAAGCUUU